GUUCCCUGCCAAUUGCUGACAAAGGCAGUCCUAAUGAAUCAUUCUGAAUUGUGAUCAUGUGCUACCAGCCCACAGUGAGCUGCCAAAGAGGAAGUGCAGCUUGUUUUCUUUCAUUUUCUUGAUUCCUAUGCUGUAGGAAGAUGAAAGGAGAAGGAGGAGGAGGCAACAGCGGCAGCCAAACUUAAAUAAUUCUGACGAUUGCCGAUAUCAAAUGGAGGCCCCUGAGUGGGACCCACUGAAAAAUGACACCCUUCCGCCGACCCUGACGCCAGCUGUCCCUCCGUAUGUGAAGCUGGGCCUGACCAUUGUAUAUACUGUUUUUUAUUCACUGCUUUUUGUGUUCAUCUACGUCCAGCUCUGGCUGGUCCUUCACUACAGGCACAAGAGGUUCAGUUACCAAACUGUCUUUCUGUUUCUGUGCCUGUUUUGGGCCUCUCUUAGGACAGUGCUCUUUUCAUUUUACUUCAAAGACUUUGUCACAGCAAAUUCUCUCAGCCCCUUCAUCUUCUGGCUUCUCUAUUGCUUCCCAGUCUGCCUCCAGUUUUUCACCCUGACCCUGAUGAAUCUUUACUUCACACAGGUGAUUUUCAAAGCUAAGUCAAAAUAUUCCCCAGAGCUACUGAAAUACAGGUUGCCCCUCUACCUGGCUUCUCUUUUCAUAAGUCUCCUCUUCCUCUUGGUGAAUUUAACAUGUGCAGUAUUGGUGAGGACACAGAAUUCAGAGAGAAAAAUCAUUGUCUCUGUCCGGGUGGCAAUUAAUGACACCUUGUUUGUGCUGUGCGCUGUUUCACUCUCCAUCUGCCUGUAUAAGAUCUCCAAGAUGUCUUUAGCCAACAUUUACUUGGAGUCCAAGGGCUCAUCUGUCUGUCAGGUGACAAGUAUAGGAGUGACUGUUAUACUACUUUAUACCUCACGAGCCUGUUACAACUUGUUCAUCUUAUCAUUUUCCCAAACCAAGAAAGUCAACUCUUUUGAUUAUGAUUGGUACAACGUGUCAGAUCAGGCAGAUCUGAAAUGUCAGCUGGGAGAUGCAGGUUACAUAGUGUUUGGAGUGAUCCUUUUCAUCUGGGAACUCUUGCCUACUUCCUUGGUUGUGUAUUUCUUCCGUGUCCGAAACCCUACAAAAGAUCUAGCCAAUGCAGGAAUGGUCCCAAGCCACGGCUUCAGUCCCAGAUCUUACUUCUUUGACAACCCCCGCAGAUACGACAGUGAUGACGAUCUAGCCUGGAACAUUGCACCACAGGGGGCACAGGGCAGUUUCUCUCCAGACUACUAUGAUUGGAGCCAUCAGAACAACAGCUUCACGGCUUACAUAGGAUCCCUCCAACAAGAUCCACUGGACACAGACCGGCCAAGCCCUAUUUAACUUCAAUCAACUACAGCAUUCUAGGACAUUCCAAUAUUAAAACCAAUGUUCUGAAAAACAAAGCUUAGCAACUCUUCUUCACCUUUUGGUUUUUAGAAAUUUUCCUAUGCACACAUAAAUGAAGAACCUUGUCAUGAGCUUUUCAUAGUUCAAGGAGAAGUAUAAGCUAAUGAUUUAAACUUUGAAGACUGUUCCAAUUAAUACCUUGUUCUAAGCCAUGGUAUUUUGGCUUUGAAUAGAGUUGUUAGAAGGUAUAAUUUAAUAAUUUUUAUGCUCAUUUUAAAAGAGCAAAUUUCAUGAAGUGAAAUGGCAUAAUUAUUUUCUAAGUAUUUUUAUUUUUACACUGUGUAUAAAGUUAGAAAUACAUUACUAUGAUCAUUAUACUGUAAACACAUGAAUAGAUUUUUCAAAUGCAUGACAGUUGUAAUUUUUACACACACAUAAAAGCCUGUAAGAAAAAAAAAAAUCAGCCCAAUUAAAUACUGUCUUUUCAAGUUAUUGCUAUGUUCUCAGAGCACAAUUUACUCUUUGGAUAUCACUGCUUACUCAGUGUUGUGUUAUAGUUGGAGGCUAGAAGUUAUCUGUACCCUGUAUUCUUCUAAGAAAGUAAGAAAAUUGUAUCUUGUCAGCAGCUUUAGAGACAGUCUCAGAAGAUUGAAGAUGGGCAUCUGCUCCAACUGGAGCACUGUGUACUGCAAAACAAGCUGAAAAUUUGUAUGCUUGAAAAAUUAAAGUUAUGCAAUCAUGUCCAUCAA